AUGGCUUCCACAUCAAACAACUUGGCAGUGAAGUCUGAGCAACCCGAUGUCAAGAUUGAACCUGAUCUCCUACAAGUGGCUCCACCAAGGAAGCGCAAGACCCAGAAUGAAACGGAGCAGCAAUCCAUUGAGAAAAGGCGCAUCAUCGACUGGCCCAGUGAUGAAGCUGAAUCCUCUCCAGAAACGCAACAGCAAGACGAUGCACUUGAGCAGAUGAGACAAUGCUUGUCUCGAGUCGAGAUGGGCAACACAGAAGAUCAAGACAUGUCAAGCUCUUCUUCUUCUCCUGCCAUGGCGUCGCUCUCCGUAGGUGAUGUCCCCUUCAUUCCAGAGAUGACUCCAACGGGGCAGCACCAACCAACACCAUAUAAAGAAAGCCCUCCUAGUUCUCCAGAGACAGAAGAGCAAAGUCCAGAUGACACACAUAACAUUGCUGUAUCCGCGCCUCCAGUUGCCCCUGCCAAAAGUGUGCCUGAACCUAAUGAAGAACAGGAGUCCAAGGUCCGUAAAAUCACAGACUUCUUUUCAAAAGGACGCUUUGAUGCCAACAAGUUCUAUAAACCACCUCCACCAUCUACUCCAAAGGUCAAGGCGGAACCAGAUACUGGCCCCAGUACCUUCAAAUCCUUACAAAAGAAAUCACUCAAGCCAAAAUCAACUGCUGCACGAAAAAAGAAGAAAACUCCUGCUACUGCUGCUGCUACUAUGCAACCCAAACGCAUCACUUGCAAACGUCUUAUCAAGCCAGACCCAGAGGAAAUGUCUGACAACGACAUGAUGAGCGAAGGAGACGGUUCAUCCAACAAGACAAUGACAGACAGCAAUGACGCCAUUAGGAUCGAAGAUGAUGAGGACGACAAUGAGAAGCGCUUUAUCAGAUCCUCACCACCUGCUGCUCCUGAAACCAACAUGAGCAUGUCUCAAAUCAAAGCGCUACUCGAAAGAAUCAAGCAAGGCACUGAACCUGAUAUCUUUGAUCCCAAAUACUCUUGCCAGGCUUGUCCGCGCGCAUAUGACAAACAAAAGACAUUUCACAACCACAUGCAUUCAAGGCACGGAGUCAAUCUCGAAGAACGCAAGUUUAUUGUGCUUACUUAUGGCCCAAAGCCCAACAUCACAGACGAAUCCAUGUUUUGCACGCAAUGUCAAAAGCAAUAUGUUAGUAAAGAUCGAUUUCAACAUCACAAUGAGCUACACCACGGAUUUGAAAAGGUAAAACUGGGUCGAGUGGCUCACAAACGGAGAAAAGGACAAGAUGUAACAGAGGAACAAGACGAUGGAGAUGAAGAACGGGAGGUAGAGGCUCAGGAAAAGAUGGAUACGUUGGAGCAAAAUGAAAAGAAGAACAAGCAGGCAACGCUCAAGGAUCUGGAAAACCAUAGAAAUUUGGGCCACUGUCAAGCCGCUAUUCUCAAUCACAGAGGACCACCGCCCGACAUCAACGAUCCACAUUUCUACUGCAGUGUGUGCACCAUCAGUUACUCCAACAGAGGCAGCUUCCACUUUCAUCUUCGUGCUGUGCACAAGAUGGAUUUCCCAUUCGCUGCUAGCACUGCCGGUGUACGUAACAGGUACAAAGGUCCUCCACCAGACAUCCAUCAUCCCAAGAACUACUGCUGUGUAUGCGAUAUUUACUACUCUCAAAAACUGGUGUACACGUAUCAUUUGAGAAACGUACAUAAUAUCGACAUUCCCUUUGACAAAUCACCAGGUGUUCGUAUUGCUGUUGAUGACAUUAAAGACGAGUCAAGAAAACCUGACAAGACGGAUCCAGACUACUUUUGCGCUUAUUGCAACAGAGGCUACACACAAAGAUCCAGUUACUUGAUCCACCUGAACAAGAUGCACUUUAUCGACAUUCCUCAAAGACGUCCUGGAGCCCUGAAGCCAAGACCGCCUCUUGAACCUGGCGUAUCACCCGACGUGCUUGAUCCAAACAAUUACUGCUGUGUCUGUGAUGUCAAGUUUGCUCAUGCCAAUAGCUAUCGUAUCCAUAUCAAAAAAUACCACGGCAUGGGUGACGCCCUUGAGGCUAUUACGUUGAAAAAGAGAAGCAAAAAAUCCAAUUACUAUCUUGACCGACGUAUUACAAAUGCAGGUUAUCAUGAAGAGAGAGCUAAAUCAAACCAAAAGAGACUCGAGUUCUUCAACAAGCCCUCAGGCAGCCAGACUUGA